UAGCACGCUCGCGAGUGGACGUGUCGCAGUUUCCCCAGUUCUUUCGCUAUAUAGCACAAAUACCUAUAUAUAGUAUAUGCAUAUAUCUGCCUUACAAAUAUAUAUAUCGAAUAUAUAUAUAUAGUGGAUCAUACACCUGCCGUGCAGCGCGUAGGGUGCGAAAAGCACCAGUGCGAGUAUCGAAGCAGGAUUAAAGAAAGUGUUUGUGCCCCUUCCAAGAAAAACUCGACUCAUCUCGACUCGACUCGACUCGACUCGCAACUCGUGCAACUGAACGUGCCGCAGAGGCAUGCGAAUAAGUGUGCUAAAGUUAACCAAAUUCAAAUUGUCGAAUUGCAUUGUUGCCCCCAACCAACACAGUUAACAGCGACGCAACAGGGCCCCAACGGGCGCCUCGGAUAAACAACAGGAACAGGAAGUCGAAACAGAGCGGAAGAAGCAAAACAACAAAAGCCACUUGAAUCAUGGAACAAUUCGAACAGUUGUUGACGUGCUGCGUCUGCCUGGACAGGUAUCGCAUACCGAAGCUGCUGCCAUGCCAGCACUCCUUCUGCAUGGAGCCCUGCAUGGAGGGAUUGGUCGACUAUGUGCGACGUCAGGUCAAAUGCCCCGAGUGCCGUGCCGAACAUCGCAUACCCUACAAUGGAGUGCAGGCCUUUCCCACCAACGUUACGCUUCAGCGUUUUCUGGAGCUGCAUAUUGAAAUUACCGGCGAGUUACCGGAUCCCACCUCAGGUCAAAUCAUGGAGCGCUGCGGCGUUUGCUCCGAGAAGGCCUAUCUCUCACACUGUGCUCACUGCGAGAAGAAGAUCUGCGAGGACUGCAAGAGCGCCCACAUGGACAUACUGCGCCGAGAGAUUACCCGCUUCAACUCACAGAUUCGUCGCAGUUUGCAUCGGCUGCAGGACUCGUUGGCCAUCAUCGAAAAGAACACGAUGAGUCUCCAGACAAACGCGAUAAGCGUGACAGAGGAAAUCGACGAGAUAUAUAGACGAAUCACCAAGGCCAUCAAGGAUAGAUCCGAUCAGCUGAAAGGUGAGAUCGAUCGUUAUUUGGCCGUGGAGUUGCGCAAUCUGAUGACGCUCAAGGAGAACUUGGACCUGGAGAUAACCAACAUCACCAGCAACUGUGACAUCGUGGACAAAUACAUGAACGAGACCGUCGAAUGGGAUGACUGUGAACUGAUGGACACCAAGGAGAUCUUCUUGAAGACCGUCGAGUUUCUCCGGCACUUUGAGUACGAGAACAACGACUACAGUCGCCGUGUGCGCUUCCUCGUCUCCAUCGAUCCCAACCAGCUGGUCAUGAAUUUGGCCACUUUUGGUGAUCUCAACAUAGCGCCACACUCAACGCCCGGCGGCUCCGUGAGCAGCUCACAUCUGGCACCGCCAACCACCUUGCAACCCGGUUUGAUGCGCUCCAAGAGUGAUCAUCGCCUGGCCACACAGUUCCGUCAACAGGAGGAACGUGGUGGCUACAACGAUGAGCCCGUGCUGGGCGGACGCAAGUUCGGUGAGCGUCCACAGCGCAUUGCCAAAGAUAACAACAACAGCGAUCGCUAUGGCGAUCGUUACGGACGCUCUGAGUACGAUUACGACAACGACUACGAGAACGAGCCGGCAAGUCGUGCUGGCAAAUCGUCACGUUUCCGUUCGCGCUUUGUGCGUUCCCAUCAGAAUGAGGACUCGGACAGCGAGCAGCAACAGCAGCAGCGCCAGCAGGAGAUCGAGAAGCGCAAGGACCGUGUGCUUGACAGCGAGGAUGUGUCGCGCGGUCAGCUGAGUGGCAUCAUUCGUCUCAGCGACUGCUCACGCGUUGUCCAGCGACUCGCGGACAUUGGCAAGGAGAAGAAGGAGAAGAAGUCCGAUGCCGCAGUUGCAGCUCAAGCUGCCGUUCAAGCAGCCAUCCAGGCCCAGAAGGCAGCGAUGCAGCGACAGCAGCAAAAGAAUCAACAAUCCGCCGCAGCCCCCGACGAGGAUGAGUUGGCGCGUCAAAAGCGCAAGACUGCCGCAUCGAGUGGUGCGGCAAGCUCAACGGCAACGGACUCCAGCAACGAGCAGCGUCCCAACACGGAGCGUGUGACGGCACUGAAGCGUGGCGGACAGGGAGGCAGCGAGGAGAGUGAUGGCGGCAGCAGUAACCAGCAGGCGGCGGCCUCUCCAGUGCGUAGUGCGGCGACGACAGCACGAGCCGAGGCUGACAGCGCCACAGACUCUGAUGCAACUCCUACUCCUACCCAACAGUCCAAACCGGCCGUCUCCGCCCAGGUGGCAGCGGUAAAGAAGACCCAACGCUCCGGCAGCAGCGACAGCAGCGCCUCCACCGAAAGCUCUGCCAGCUCAGCGGCCGCAGCGGCAGCAGCAGCUGCCAGUGCAGCGCCCAGCAGCAGUAGCAGUGCACAACAGAAGGCAGCGAGCACAGCGCGUUACUCGACGACACGCGAGUCAACAGCUGCGGCGACAGCGACGCCCGAGAAGAAACCGUUUGUAAGUCGCUUCUUGCCGCAGCACAGCACGCCGGCAACUACGACGAACGGUGCAGACAGCAAGAAAAAGGCCGCCGAGUCCGAGUCGAGCACCGAGGAGGAGACAAGCUCCGAAUCGGAGUCCGAGUCGGAGGCGGAGAGCAAGCCCAAGACGAGUGCGGCAACCAGCAGCAGCAGUGCCACCAAAUCGACGCCCAGCAGUGCAGCCAGCUCGACAACAGCAGCCACCACAUCGGGCAGCUCGUAUCGGGAUCGCUUGGAGGCACGACGUGCUUCGCGAGACGACACCGCUGCCACAUCACGCAGCAGCUAUGCCACACCUAGCUCUACUAGCAGCAGCGGUUACGGUGGCAGCAGCAGCAGCAGCAGCGCGACACGCACUCGACCUGUGCCUGCUCCGCAUCAUCUGAGCGAGAACGAGGAUCGCUAUGGCAGCGGCAGCGGCAGCAGCAGCUACACAAGCCGCUUCCUAAACAAAAGCAAGAGCAGCGCCAUUGUGGCGCAACCCUCGCUCUCCACGCCCACCGCCUCCUUUGAUGAGGAUGCCAAUGGCACCGGCGACGAUUCGGACAGCCGCUACGGCACGGGACGUUCCCGUUAUCUGGCCAUGAAGGAGCGUCGCACUCGACUAGCCCGUAGUCGCUCCUCGCAUCAGUUUGGCAACGACGACGACGAUCUGGAUGAGCCCGUGUCACCGACAACAGUCUCGCCAUCCGCUUACUUGGCCUCAAGAUACAGCGGCUAUGGCGGCAGUGAUUUGUCUCGCAGUCGCUCGACGCAUGCGUUGAAGUCACGCGACAAUUCGCCGAUAACGGAUCGCAGCGUGGGAUCUUCGCGCAGCGGUCUGGCCAGCACCUCCACGGACAAUAAGGACGGCGAGGCUUUGAGCUCCUGGGCACGCUACCUGAAGAGCAAGUACGGCAACAAGAGCUCAAAGGAUGCGCCCAGCAGUAGCAGCAGCAGCGGCGUUGGCAGCAGCCGGGACAGUCACGCCUCCGGCUCGACGGGAGCGUCAAGCAGUGGCCGAAGCACGGCGAGCGAUGUGUCGCGACGUCUGAGCUUGGGUUUGCCAUUGCGCCAGGCGAAUGAGCUGGCCUCAUCCGAUGAUGACGGGUCAAAAAACGGGCUAGGCUCCCCUACGUCCCCUACGGUAGCAGCAGCAGCCGGUAUAACCGGAGUGGCAGGUACUAUCCCUAAGCAGGUGUACCUCCGCAAGCGUCAGCAGCUGUUCCAAUUGGGGGGCCGGGGGAGCGAGCCCGGAUCCUUUACGUGGCCGCGCGGUCUUGCCGUCGGUCCCGACAAUAGCAUCGUCGUCGCCGACUCGAGCAAUCAUCGCGUCCAGGUCUUUGACUCCAAUGGCAUCUUUGUCAAGGAGUUUGGCGAGUAUGGCAACGGCGAGGGUGAAUUCGAUUGCCUCGCCGGCGUGGCGGUCAAUCGCAUUGGCCAGUACAUCAUAGCCGAUAGAUACAAUCAUCGCAUACAAGUGCUUGAUCCACAAGGACGCUUCCUGCGCGCCUUCGGUUCGCAGGGCACCGCAGAUGGCAAAUUCAAUUAUCCUUGGGGCGUAACAACCGAUGCACUCGGCUUCAUUUACGUUUGCGAUAAGGAGAACCACAGAGUGCAGGUUUUCCAAUCCGAUGGUUCCUUCGUUGGUAAAUUCGGUUCCUGUGGCCGUGGCGAGGGCCAGCUUGAGCAUCCGCAUUAUAUAGCCGUAUCGAAUACGAAUCGUGUUAUUGUUUCCGAUUCGAAUAACCACAGAAUUCAGAUAUUCGAUGUUAAUGGCAAGGUGCUGUCCACAGUGGGCGGCGAGGGCUCCGACGAUGGUCAAUUCAAGUUUCCACGUGGCGUCGCUGUGGAUGAUCAGGGUUAUAUAUUUGUGGCCGAUUCGGGCAACAAUCGCAUACAGAUCUUCAAUCCCGAUGGCAGUUUUCUGAAGACCUUCGGCUCUUGGGGCUCCGGUGACUCGGAGUUCAAAGGACUCGAGGGAGUGGCCAUCAUGUCAAACGGCAACAUUUUGGUAUGCGAUCGUGAGAAUCAUCGUGUCCAGGUGUUCUAGGCCACGCCCACAUCCAUUGCAUUACUUGGUUUACUUAAUAUGAUUUUCAAUUAUAAUUUCCAAAACAAUUUUCAUUAUUGAUUUUAGUUUCCUUAAAAACAAUUGAAUGUCGACAUUUCUAGGCCUAGAAAUCAAUCAAUCAUUUAAGUAACAAACUUGGAAAAUGAAAAAAAAUCGAAAAACUUGUUAAUGCGAGAAAAAAAGAGGAACUAUAAUACAUACAUACAUAUAUACAUACUAUACGUACACAUAUAAAUAUUUAUUGAAUAAAAAAAGCAAAGCGAAAACUCGUCAGAGUUGGAGUGAAA